GAUUACCUCGAAAACUGUUUUAGCUCGCCUAGGGGUUUAAACGAGUCAAGCCGAGCCCAAACUAACUCGCUCAUGGAGCCUGUAUUUCACCCUUUCCAAAUUGUUGUUGCUUUUCUCAUCUUCGUAUUCAUGUUACUAAAACUAACAAAAAAGUCAACCCCAAAUCUACCUCCUGGGCCAUGGAAGCUACCACUCAUAGGAAGUAUCCAUCAUCUUGGAAGCGCACUUCCCCAUCAACGGUUGCGCGAUCUAGCCGAUAAAUAUGGACCGUUGAUGCACCUACAGCUCGGUGAACUUUCAGUGGUAGUUGUGUCUUCACCUGAAACAGCAAAAGAAGUCAUGAAGACUCAUGACUUAAACUUUGCUGACAGACCUUCCGUUUAUGCUUCCAGUGUGAUAUGUAAGGGUGCUACAAACUUUACUUUUGCAGCAUAUGGAGACUUUUGGAGACGCGUUCGCAAGAUUUGUACUCAGGAGCUUCUGAGCCCGAUGCGGGUCCAGUCGUUUGGGCCCACAAGGGAAGAAGAGGUGUCCAAGUUUAUCAAGUCUAUUAGUGAACAUGUAGGGUCUCAAAUUAAUCUAAGUGAAAGAAUUUUCUCGUUAACGUAUGGGAUUACCGCGAAAGCGGCAUUUGGAAAGAAGUGUAAAGAUGAAGAGUUGUUUAUCGCACUUGUUAAGGAUGCUUCGGCUGCAGCUGCAGGAUUCAAUAUUUCGGAUCUUUUUCCUUCGGCUACACUGCUGCCUUUAGUAACUGGAUUUAAGGCGAAACUCGAGAAGAUUCGUGAUAGGUUUCAGGAAAUUGCUGGUAAUAUUAUUGAAGAACACAAGAUCAAAAAGGUGGCUAGUAAUGUGGAUGUUUGUAAUGAAGAUGAAGAUUUUGUUGAUGUUCUUAUGAGGUUUGAGGAGUGUGGUGAUGUUAAGUUUCCAUUGUCAGAAGCUAACAUCAAAGCAAUCAUCCUGGACAUAUUUACAGGUGGGAGUGAAACAUCUUCUACAACGGUUGAGUGGGCGAUGUCAGAAAUGCUAAAACACCCAAAAAUACUGGAACAAACACAGACCGAAAUAAGAAAAGUUGUCAACAAACGAGGAACCAUCGACGAAACAUGUAUUCAAGAAAUAUUGUUUCUGAAGUUGGUCAUUAAAGAAACUUUACGAUUACACCCUCCUGCGCCUUUGUUACUUCCUAGAGAAAGCAGGGAGAGAUGUGAGAUUAAUGGUUAUGAAAUACCAGCGAAGAGCAAAGUUAUCGUGAAUGCAUGGGCCGUUAAUAGAAACCCGAAAUGGUGGAAGGAUCCCGAAGUGUUUAACCCGGAGAGAUUUUUAGAUAACUCGAUAGAUUUUAAAGGACUUAACUUUGAGUACAUACCAUUUGGAGGUGGAAGGAGAGUGUGUCCUGGAAUAUCAUUUGGAUUAGCAAAUGUUGAUCUGCCGCUUGUCAAAUUGCUCUACCAUUUUGACUGGAAACUGCCGGAUGGAAUAGCGAGUGAAGAUCUCGACAUGAGUGAAUCGUUUGGUGUGACGGUUAGAAGAAAAACUGGCCUGAAAUUGAUACCUACUGCUUACCAUCCUUUGCCUGCAUUAUGCGCUCGUGUAGAUUGCUAAAGAAACGAAAGCCAGAUCUUGUCACAUAACAUUAUGUCCUAUAAUUGUAAUGUUUUGUUUUUUGUUUGUUUUUCAAGAACAUUUGUAGACCUGCCUUUGAAUAUAACAUUAUGUCCUAUAA